AUGGCAGACCUAUGCCCCAAAGACUGUGAGCUGACAACCCUGGAUGAGGAGAACCUGUGGGAAAUAAUGGAGAACCAUCGAUAUAAGAUUGUCCGCAAUGUCUGCCCUAGUCGGCUAACUCCCUACCUCCGACAGGCGAAAGUGCUGGAUCAGUUGGAUGAGGAAGAAGUUCUGCACAGUCCCAAGUUCACUAACAAUGCUAUGAGAGUUGGAUAUUUGCUGGAUGUGCUGAAGACUCGAGGUAAAACUGGGGCCAUUGCCUUUCUGGAGAGCCUGAAAUUUCAUAAUCCAGACAUUUACACCUUGAUCACUGGACAGGAACCCUCUGUUGACUCUGAUAGUUUCCGUGGCCUCAUUGAUACUUCUAAGCUGACUGAAUGCCUAGCUGGUGCUAUCAACACCCUCCAGCAGGAGCUGUCCCAGGAGAAGCUGAGAAGCCAGGCACUGCAGCAGCAUUGUUAUAAACUAAAGGAGAAUCUGCAUAAACUGGGAGCCCAGAAUAAAAACCUAAGGGACAAGGAAGCAGAGCACAACCGCAUGAAGAGGGAAGUUAGCACUCAGUUCCACCAGGUGCUGAAGCUGAAGGAUGAGAUGUAUAACUUGUCUAUGCAUUAUACCAGUGCUCUGCAAGACAAGGACCUGGCCAUCACCCGCUGCCGGAGUCUGCAGGAGGAGUUGUAUCUAAUGAAGCAGGAGCUACAGCGUGUUCAGAUGACUUCCUCCUGUGAGCGUGAGUCUAGAGAGAGAUUUCUGAAAAUCAGCAAUGACCUGGAACUCCAAGAAGGAGAGGUCAGUCGGCUCAAGGAGGAAAAUGAGAAGCUUAAGUCUCUGACCUUCAGCCUGGCAGAGAAGGACAUCUUGGAACAGAAUUUGGAUGAAGCACUGGAUAGUAAGCAGGAACUGGUGGAUCGCAUCCACUCCCUGAGGGAAAGAGCUGUCACUGCUGAGAAACAGCGUAAGCAGUACUUGGAAGAAAAAGAGCAAACCCUCUUUCAGUUCCAAAAAAUUAAGGUGGACUUCGAAAUCUACAAGGAGAAGAUGAAUGCCCUACAAAGCCAAGUGGUGGAGCUUCAGAAGGAGCGAGACCAGGCAUACAGUGCAAGGGAUCUGGCCCAGAUGGACAUUUCUCACAGCUUGACAGAAAAAGAUUCCCUCCGAAGAAAAGUGUUUGAGCUAACAGAUGAGGUCUGUGAACUUCGGAAACAACUUCAAAAGGUGCAGGCAGAACCAAUGAGUGAGGUAAGAGAAGAGUUGACUAAUGUUAUGGAACCUUCAAGAUUGGGAAAACAGAAGCUCAUAAGGAUGCAUGCCAUUAAUCCUCAGGAAGACAAUGACUUCAGCCUUCUAAGCUCCACAGAGCAUUGGCCAGAUCUGAGUGCCAUCUCAAACCAGGAGCAGAUGGGCAGCUUCUGUUCUAGUAGCCCUGUGCCUCCUUGCAAACAAUCACUCCAAAAGCGAAUCACCGAAGACUUCCUGGAAGACCCCAUUUCUAAUCUUUUUAGGUUGGGGAGAAAAAUUUUGAGAUUCCUCUUUCUUUUUCUCUGUAGAAACUCCCAGGGAUUUGUUGAUAAAAAUUUUGGCAUCUCUUCAGAAGAGAAAAUAGAUGACAUAGAACUGGACUAUGAGGUGGUAGAUAUGGGAGUAGGUUUCCCUGGAACAGAAAGUAUUCAGAAGACCUUUUCCCCAAGUUCUUUCUCCCCAGAAAACAAUGUUCUAGUGCGUCGGCGUCCUGCCCUAAGGAUAUUGAGUCAGGUAACAGCACUGACCUUCCAAGGGGACUCCUUCUUGGAUCAAAUCAGCAUCAUUGGUGGAAACCAUACAGGCAUCUUUAUUCACCGUGUUACUCCAGGCUCUACAGCAGAUGAGAUGGCUUUGCGUUCUGGCACCCAGAUCAUGAUGGUGGAUUAUGAUUCAAAGGAAAUCGCAUUCAAGGCUAUUCUGGAGGAUACAACUCUGGAACAGGCAGUAGGACUUCUCAAGAGGGUGAAUGGGUUCUGCUGCCUAUCUGUGAAGAUCAACAUGGAAGGUUACAAGAAAUUGGUCCAGGACAUAGAGAAUAAAGUGACCACCUCAGGGGACUCGUUUUAUAUCCGGGUCAACUUGGCCAUGGACAGAAAGGCAGAUGGAGAACUACAGGUGCAGUGUAAUGACAUCCUGCAUGUCACUGACACCAUGUAUCAAGGCCAAAGUUGUUGGCACGCCCAUCGAGUCAAUUUGUACAGCAUGAAGGACACAGAUCAUGGCACCAUCCCCAACUACUCACAGGCUCAGCAGAAACUCAUCACCCUCAUCCAGGACAUGACUCAGCAGAGCACAGUCUUCCGCAAGUCAUCUGGGGGACAACAGAAAUUAGUACGCAUAGUAAGCAUGGACAAGAGCAAGGUCAACCAACUGUGUUCCUCCUCUGAUGGAAGCCAGACUGAGCCCAGCAAGUUGGAAGAUUCAUCCAUGGUAGGCUUUUGGGCAGAGAGCUGUUUUACACUAGUUCCUUAUACACGGGUAAAACCCUACAAACCAAUCAGACCUCGGCCUGUGCUUUUUGUGCCUAUGGUGAUUGGGAGGAUUCUGAGUGAGAAGCUGAGCCUCCUGAAGGACUUUGAGAAAUGCCCAACAGAAUACUUAAGCCAAGAAGAGUAUGAAGUUCGAAGGCAGAGUGGAGACAUAAUCCAUGAGAAAGAGGACCCCAGCCAUCACAAUUAUGUAACCUACCAAGCAGUGGAGUCCUUGAUGCACAAGAAUAUGCACUGUCUCUUGGACAUUAAUCUGAACUGUGUGCAAACCCUGCACAGGACUGAGAUCUUCCCUAUCAUUGUCCACAUCCCUGUCACUGAGAAGAAUGCCAAGAAACUCAAAAAGGCCCUGCAGCGUCUUGGAACUACAGAAGAACAAAUCCUGGAAACAGCCAAGUGCGAGGAGGCUGAACUAGAGAAAGUCCCUUGUUUAUAUACUAGCCUAGUUCCUGAUUGUUGGAGUGAUGUGGACUCCCUUGUCAACUGUGCUCGCUUGUCUAUAGCUGAGGAGCAAAAGAAAUUUGUAUGGAUAGAACGAAGCCCUCGAUAGUCUCCCCCUUCAUGGGCUUUUUUCCCAUUCCUUCAUGAGAGAUGGCAGAAUCCUUCACAUUUUGCCCUCCAAUAAAUAUUUUUUGCAAGUUU